AUGAAUAAUUCUCCCUAUAUUGUAAAAAGGAAGCAGAGAAAUGGUGAUUGGGUAUGUGGAAUUUGCAAAAAUCUUAAUUUCUCAUUCAGAAACACAUGUUAUACAUUAAUUUUAUAUAUUUUUAGGUAAUAGAUGUAAUAAACCUCCAACUAAAACACCUUCAAAACAUUAAUACAGAGGAUUUCAAACAUUGGUUCUAAUCCAUUAUGAAGAACCAACAGAAAGUAUAGAUGAAUUACUUGAAAACUAAAUUGAUCCAAAUGUCACAUCAAGUCUAUUAGUAUUAGACUUAGAUUAAUUUUGA